GUGAAAACAAAACUCUUAGACACGAAACAGUCGCGAGUAUUCAACCGGUAAACAUGUGGGCAUCGGCUUAGGAGCAUCCCAACUGCAAAUAAUAGAAAAUGUUGCUGGGCCCCAACAGAGAGAUACUGUCUGUGUUCAGAGGCAAGCGAUAUUCAGAGACAAUCUCAGCUAAGUAAAGAUUUAUAUUGGAUUUCCCUCGAAACAGUUUAGGUACUAAGGGAGGAAUUAUUUUUCGGAGGCUGUUGCCUUUUCGUGUGGUGUGAACCUCAGUAAGUCAACAUGGGUAGUGGGGGUUCUUCGUCGGCGCGACCGGCGGCUGGAGUUGCGGCUAACGGAAAGCCACCCAAGGGGCGGACCGGCAAUGUGACGAACACUGAUACAGACAUAGGUAGACGUGGGCCGACGCAAGUAGUGAGGCAGUUGUACGCACCCUUUGGGGCACCGGCCGUUUAUCACGGGACCGUCCGGCCUAAGCCUAACUUCGAUGCCUCUAAGGAAGCCGAGAAUCUCAAGGUCGCCAUGCAAGGAGCAGGAACACAAGACAAUCUAUUGAUUGACGUGCUGACGUCUUGUGAUCGAAGCCAGAGACAACUGAUUGCGCAGGCGUACCAGAAGAAAUACGGAAAGGAUCUUCUGAAAGACUUAAAAGCCGAGAUCAGCGGCGACUACGAAAGCGUGGUAGCCAAGCUGAUGGAGUCGGCUGCUGGGUACGAUGCCUGGCUGCUGCACGAGACGAUGGAUGGUCUUGGGACGGAUGACGACGCGCUGAUAGAGAUCCUUAGUUUCCGGAGCAGAGAAGAACUCCAGGCCAUCCAGGCAGAGUACUAUAAUAGAUACCAGAGACAUUUGGCCGAGGACAUCAAAGGCGACACGAGCGGAAACUUCGAGAAGCUCUGCCUCAAACUGAUGGAGGGCUGCAGGGAUGCUCCUCACGUUCUGGUGCCGUCGUUUGCCGACGCAGACGCCAAGACCCUUUUUCAGGAAGGCGAGGACAGAAUUGGAACGUGGGACGAUCUGUUCAUAGACGUCUUCACUUCGAGGAGUUGGGACCAGCUGAGCGCGGUCUGUGACUCGUACAAGAGGCUUUACGGCAAGACUAUGGAGGAGGCGCUGGAAAACGAAUUCUCGGGAGAUAUUCUCUUUGGACUAAAGAAGCUCGUGGCCUUUGCGCGUGACAGGGCCGAAUAUUUCGCCACCAAAUUGUACAGCAGUAUGAGCGGUCUGGGCACCGACGACGAGCAACUGCAGCGGCUCGUCAUCAGCCACUGUCAGACCGACAUGCUGGAGAUCAAGGAAGCCUUCAAGAACAAAUUCGGCAAGACGCUCGGCAACAUGAUUCGAGACGACUGCUCCGACGGUGAAUUCGAAGGCUUCAGUUGGAACUUUCAAAUUAUCCAGGCUCGUUUCAAGCUUCCAGGGCCUACCUGCCCGUCCUAUUGCGUCUGAACGGCAACACCC